UUAGCGCAAUCCGUGCGCUAUCUAUUUGCCAACAACACAAUGAGCACAAACGUCCAGUGACUAUAUGUUACGCUGUCUGAUGUUAGUUUUGGGGGCAAUUUGAUGUAAGAUUUGGUAAGUUUGAAAGGGGAAAACGCAACUUAGAAACUUAGGAGGGGGAGAAAAAACUUAUAAAGCUGCGGAUAUUCGCUGGGGGCGCUGGUUGACCGCUGCGCAACAGGCGAUAUAGCAUUCCCCGUGUCAGUCAGAUCCGUAAUAUUAACACAAUCUAAAGAGCAAAGGGGAGUUUCCAAAGUCAUCAAACCCCUCCAACUUUCUCAUUCUCGGCCAGAGACCACUGAAAAUGGAUCUUAUGAGGGCUGCGGCUCCCUUCUUAUGGUUCUCCGUAUGCUUUGGGAAUUUUCUUGAAGCAGUCGUGCUUGGAUCUUCGCAGUACCCUUCCGGCGCGGGCGAUAACGGGCUAACUUCACAUCUGGACGAACGGAAUCGGAGAGAAUCGAACGCGAUCUCCAGAAACGACCCUCGGAGGAAUGGUACCGUUAUCCCCCAUGAGUAUAUGAUAUCUCUGUACAGGACCCUUUCCGAGAUCGAGAGACGAGGCACGAACAGCACUCUCUCUCGCUCCACGAGACAUGCCAACACAGUGACCAGCUUCGUGGACCAAGGAAGAGACAACCCCUCGGCGGAAGCAGGGCAGAGGUACGUUUUCGACUUCUCCAGCCUGUCCAGGACGGACGAGCUGGUGGGGGCGGAGCUUCGGGUGCUGCGGAAGAGGCCGCCGAACUUGCCGCAGACGCUGUCCCGCGGCGGGAACCUCUACCGCGUCCUCCUCUACGGCUGCUCCGAGGGCCCCUCGGGGCGCCGUCCCGUCCUGGACGCCCGGACCGUGGACGUCCUGGACGCCGAGCCGGCCAAGUGGGAGGUGUUCGACGUGUGGGCCAGCGUCCGGAGCCAGCGCCGGGCCCAGCGCGGGUCCGGCGGCGCCAGCACCCUGUGCUUCGAAAUGGCGGCCGUCUCCGAGUCCACCCGGGAGGCCGCCCCCCCGUCCGCGCUGGGCCUGGGGCGCAGGUCGCGCCCCCCCCAGGAGCGGGCCCUGCUGGUGGCCUUCUCCAGAACCCGGCGGAAGGAGAACCUCUUCAGGGAGAUCCGGGACAAGCUGAAGUCCAUGGCGGGGGGGCCGGGGUUCCUGGACCCCCCGGCCCCCGGUCGGGACGGGGGGCGCCUCACGAGGAGGCGGCGGCGCAGGAGGACCGCCCUGUCCCGCCGUCCGCCGGAGCUGGGGGGGGGAGGGGGCGGAGGAGGCGGCGGCGAAGGAGGAGGGGGUGGCGGGGGCAGGGGAGGAGGGGGCGGGGGCGGGGGGGGCGGGAAGAGGCGGACCCGGUGCAGCCGCAAGCCGCUCCACGUCAACUUCAAGGAGCUGGGCUGGGACGACUGGAUCAUCGCGCCCCUGGACUACGAGGCGCACCACUGCGAGGGGGCGUGCGACUUCCCCCUGCGCUCGCACCUGGAGCCCACCAACCACGCCAUCAUCCAGACCCUCAUGAACUCCAUGGACCCGGACUCCACCCCGCCCAGCUGCUGCGUGCCCUCCAAGCUCAGCCCCAUCAGCAUCCUCUACAUCGACUCGGGCAACAACGUGGUCUACAAGCAGUACGAGGACAUGGUGGUGGAGUCCUGUGGGUGCAGGUAGCACACCCCACCCCCGUUCCCUUC